UCGCUACAAUGUAUUUGAUUACAAUUUACUUACCUGUGACUUUGUGACAUAAGCUUCGAUAUGUAUACGAAAACUUUCAGAGUUGCGAGAAAUUGUGAAGAAAUUUUUGGUAAGGAUUGUAUAAAUUUUGCAAUUGGAUUCAAAUAUAUUUUAUCUGUUUUUUAAUAAAAAAAAUAGUGUUUUAUAAUCAUUGUGGUCGAAAAUAAUCGACUAUUACGAAUUAAUGUACUAUGAACCGUUUGGAUGAUCCUCCGAGUCUCAUGAAAGGCAGAAAACCAUCUUUCAUUGGAAUGAACGGGGGUCCAGAAACAGAUGAUCAACAACGUUUAAGAUUUCAAGUGGAAUUAGAAUUUGUUCAAUGUCUUGCAAAUCCAAACUAUUUAAAUUUUUUAGCACAACGUGGUUACUUUAAAGAUUCAACAUUUAUAAAUUAUCUUAAAUAUCUGUUAUAUUGGAAAGAGCCAGAAUAUGCAAAAUAUUUGAAAUAUCCUAUGUGUUUGUACUUUUUAGAUUUAUUACAAUAUGAACAUUUUAGAAGAGAAGUAGUAAAUUCUCAAUGUACAAAGUUUAUAGAUGAUCAACAAAUUUUAUUAUGGCAACAUUAUACCAGACGUAGAACAAGAUUGUUACAGACUGCUGCAGAACAAACGCAACAUACAAAUUCUCAAAAUAAUGGUAUUGUACAACCUAAAGUUCCUUGAGUAAUAUAUGACAAACUCAUUAAACUAUUAAAUGGGUCCAUAAGAACUACAAUAUUAAAAUGGCAUUACACAAAAAUGUCUAUAACUGUAGUUCCUUAUCAGAAUUGUUUUAGUUAUGUUUUUUGGCUGUGAUAAAUCACAAAUAAAAUACUUUUCUAUGUUCUCAA